AUGGUCAUCACCUUAUCAGAUGUCAUGCAUGCAAGUUCUAUUUUAGUCUUAUCAGAUGCAGACCCACCUGACCAGCAGCACCUCAUUUUUGCUGGCAAGUCGAAGACCGAUCAUGUUGGAGAUCUUCGUCAAGUCCCUCCUCCUCCUCCUCCUCCCCCCGGCCACUUAACUGUCGUGUCUCCCGUCUCUGCGGAGGGACGCAGAUCUCCAUCAAGUCCCUCCUCCUCACAUCUCCUUGCUGGUCUUUUUUGCGAGAAGGAGAUACUAAUUUUGAUGUUUGGUCUUGAUGCUGCUGGUAAGACUAUCCUGUAUAAGCUCAAAUUGUAA